AUGUUCGCAGCAGCGUAUGCUAUCCGCGGACUGCGUUUUUUGGCCAAGCUCGAGGAAGAGUUCGGUACCCCUUUAAAAAGACGCCUCGGUACAAUCGUCAAACGAAUUUCUGACACGGAAGACUACACAACGGAUGCCCCGUUGUACGACCCCAGGAAGGAGGCCGGACCAGCCGAAGACGAGGUGGAGCCACCGGUGUUCCGCUGGGUGGGCACGUGCCACACGCCCGAGUGUAUGAUGCAGCGGCGUUGGCUGGUCCACAUGAUCACGAAGCAGGUGGAUCCUUGCUGGGAAACCAACGCCUUCGUUUGCGACGGCACCCAGCUUCCAUCGAUGGAGCAACCGAUUCCAAUGGACGCAAACGACACCAGCGACGAUCGCACAUCGUCCAGUACCGUUAUGAGUACCAGAGGGGGUGGCCUGCUCCAUACGACGCCAGGUGCAUUUCAGCAGCCUUACCCUACGAACGAGGAGCUCCAUCGGGCCUGCCUGAACUACGUGUCACAGAAGGACGACGGCGUUGACAGUGUGCGGCAGUUCAUGGCGCAGUUCGGCCUGGACCUUAGCUCCUUGAAGACUGACCCGAACGGGGACCUCAUGUACACGAUGACGCAGAUAUCGUUCGCUUACGGCGUCCACUCUCUACUCGCAAUGGACCGUGCCUUUAACCUCGUUGCCGACCCUGCCCGACCUUUUACCGUGCUGAUGGAUAUCAGUGGUUCGGCCUCGGAGCUGUUUGUACCAUGGGAGAAGGUUACCGCGGAGAACUGGACGCCUUACUACAAGGGCUGUUUGGAAGUUUAUGGAUUGACGGCUAACGAUACUGAUCUUGAUGCGCUGGUGGCCGAACUGAUAGCACGAGACAAGGAAAGGGCUUAUCAGGCAGUAUUAAGCAAAACGAAGCAUGAAAAAGAACACUUUCCCCUUCAUGUCGCCGGUGAAAAGAUUGGAGUGUCUCCAGAUUUCUGGCUGGCCUCAAUUCGCCACUAUGGACGUACUGACUACGACUUGAGUGAUGGAGUGCGGACAACCGAGGCUGUUGUCAGUGUAGCCGCUGCGGCUCUGCGUGGCGAGGACAGACGCAUGUCCUCGCUCAAGGUCGUCGCCUGGCACCUCCUCCGUAGCCUCAUGGGCCACAAGAUUCAGUGUCAUGCAGCCUUCAAGAAAGCCCUGGACACCGGAGGACAGAAGCCAGGGUUGAGCACACCGGAAGAAGUUUGCAAAUGGCAUCUGGGGUUUACAGAAACAAUUCGUGGAGAGGCAAUUGGCCUUAUCAAAGGCCCCAGCGCCAUGCCCUUAGCGCGUAUCCUGGACAUCACGCGGAUGAUGGCCCGCUUGCAACAGACCGCGGCAGCCAUCACCCGUGGCCCGGUCGGCUUGCGGCUCAUCAGCGCCGACGGCAGCGAGGUGGCGAGCAUGACGUUCCCCGAGUCGACGAACGCCCACUCCAGCCAGGCUCCGCGCCUCUUUGCUGGCGUUGACACCAUACCCCAGGCCGGCUUCGUCGCCGAUUGGCUGCGGCGAUUGCGCGCGUGGCACGUGCUUCCACCCGUUUUCCAGGCGCACCUGGAGCUACUGGCUGAGACGGUUGACAAGAUGGUUAACGGGACUGUGCCGCACUUAUUCGCGCCACCCUACUACUACGACGAUGGCCUGGCCGCGUACAAUUACGCAGUCCUGGGACAGCUCAUCUCUCAAGAUAUAGCGGAAUACAUUAAGGCCAAGACAACCGAAGACGAAAAAGCGAGCUGGAAAACGUAUUGGGAACACUACGACGAUCUGGACUACAAGAGCGUCUACUGCCUCUUCUAUAGCAAGGACGCCAGCAACGAGGUGCGCAUAGACCUAUGA